UAACACACUGCCCAACCAGCCCAGUCUUGGAAGUUGUCGGGGUAUUCAUCGGCUGCAUAAUCAUACAGCUACAACUAUCCUCCCCAGUCAACCUCCGCCGCAAGCUGUGCAAAUCGACCCAUAACAAACAAAUCCACCGAUCACGCCGACAGAAGUUUAUUAUGGACGCUAAUAAAUCCGCCGUCUCGAUUUCCAGUGUUGCAAAACCUGCCCUCCCGCCAAGGCCUGUCUCCUCGAAGUCAACUGUCUCGAAGCCUACACAACCGCCCAGGCCUGCGUUCAAGCAACGUCGCACUAAGAAGGAGGAGAGUCUGCGUUUAAUUCUCUUGCGGCACAAGGCAAGUCUGGCUUAUGAGGACUGGCUCCACCACGUUGUCACAGUGUUUUGGCUUGCGCUGAUCGCUGCACGGGACGAGGCCAAGAUCAUGGACGAGGAUAACGAUACCGCUGAUGCCGAGCAGCGAGCGCUUUCUUCUGACGAGCGCAGUGAGGAAGAAGAGAUGCGCGAUUGGGUGCUGUUUGAUUUGUAGGAGGAUCUCUGAGCUGAAGGUGCUGACAACAUGGCUGUGUCGGAUGAACAAGUCUGGUUCAAAAUUGAGGACGGCCUUGAUGUCCAGGAAAGCGAGAUAAUGUCGGGAAAUAACAACGAGUGAAAAGAUGAUG